AUGUCUGCUUGGUGUAAGAAGCCCAGAGACGUACUGAGGAGUCGAGACUCGGAGGCGGCGGCGGCGGCGAGCCAGGCAGCGAGCGCCGUGCUGGAGCGAGCGUCGCAGCCCCGAAGCUCCUUCAUCCUGAUCACAGACGGCAGCGCCUUUUCCAUUUCGCUGACAAAGGAUCUGGGGGAACGUGGAGCUCCUGGAGGCGUGUCCGUCCUGACCGUGGCGGGGGAUGCGAGUGCGAACCAGACCAGAAUAAACCUCCUUGGGGUCAUUCAGAUAGGGCGCCAGAUCCAGAAAGCGUCCUGGAGAUCGACGGUGGUCGUGGCCAGCAGCGACCUCCUCUUCCUCACCGUCUUCGCCGAAGCCGCCGACGAAGGGCGCCUGGUGGGGAGCGAGACCCGGGUCCUCGUCGUGACCUCGCUGGCGCUCCCGGAGGUGCGGAGCCUCCUCGGGCAGAGCUGGGUCUUCUCCAUGUGCAACGCCAUGCUGCUCAACCUCCCCCGAGACGCUGCCGACUCCAGGCACAACCUGUUCGCACACCUGCCUUAUGGACCGACCGGCCCGCACUUGUCCCGCGUCGCCUCCUGGACGUCCGCCUCGGGCCUCAAGUUCAAGUCCGAGGUGCCGCUCUUUCCGCCCAAGUUCGACAAUUUCUACGGGGCGCCCCUGAACAUGACGGUGCACCCCUUCCCGCCAUAUUGGAUGGAGGUUGAGAGCGGGCGUCCAGAUGGCAGCACCGUCAAGAGGAUCGCCGGGAGGGACUACACGAUGCUGGAGACGAUGGCGCAGGCACUCAACUUCACCAUUUCUGUUAUGCCUGAUGCAGAUUGGGAAGAGGCGAGAGAGCUCAUGUGCUUCCACCCGAGCAACAUGAUCGAGGCGCCCUCUCGCUCCUCCAGGUGA